AUGCCCAGGAUAUUGGACCAGCCGGAUCCCAACCUACCCUUGUCCAUAAUAUACAAUUACUUUUUCGAACGCUACAAUAAAGAAUUGAAAGCGGAGCUGACAGCUCUCACCGAGGCCUACGAGAAGAGGGGAGGCGAGAUACAAACCCUGAGGGAGAAGGUUGAGGAAACCCUACCUGCACAGCUGCUGCAACAAGUCGAUAGUAGAAUGAAGGCUAUUGCCGAACAGUUCACAGCCGAGAUGGACAUGUUAAAAGAGGAGAUCAGGGCAUCGUUGGCAACCCAGACUCAGGACCGCAGCCGUCUCCUCAAGGAAUGCGACGAGAAGCAAAAGGUUGAGAACCAAAAACUCAGAGAUGAGUUGCAAGCCAUGAAGAGGAAGUGUGACGAGAUGUCUGAGCGUGUCGAAGCUCUCAAGAAGGCGACGCAGGAUAUGGAGCCCGUAGGCGACAUCACUCGAGCCCGCAAAAGAUCGCGGCCUACACUCACCGCACAAAAGUCGACGCUUACACUCGGCAACGAAGCUGCACUCUCCACCAUCACCGAUGUCCCGAUUGCACAAGUCGACAAAGAAGCUCCACAGCCGAAAGCACACCAACAGGUAGCCGAACCCGAGACACCAGCACCAGAUAUGGACUCCUCAAUCACAAUGAUCGCCGCAACGCCAACUGCCUCUGUUCCAGUCCCCGACAUCCCCCGUUUCCACAAUGGCCAUAUACGCCAAGGCUCUCUCAGCCUUGACGAUUACGCAGCCGCAUUUGCGCACCACGUUUCCUCCAUCCGCACCGCAGACCAGAGCGUUGAUAAGCCCGGGCCGGCUGAGCGGGAAUCGGUCGGAAAGUUCGUACGUGGGAUGAAGAAGCUCAGCGAGAGAAUACGAUUGGUUGAGGACCUGGGGAAGAAGGGGCUCGCGUCGACUGACCAGCAAACGAGAAGUGUGGAGCUUUUCUGUGGGUGGCAGUCCGUGAAGGAGGCUCUAGAGGGGUGGUAG